GAACCGUACACACACUCACCUCAACUGAUACCCCUCGCCGUUUCGCAGAGCGUCGCGCCAUGCUCAUCUUCUCCCUCUUCAAGACUCUCACCGACCAGGUGAUCGAGGUCGAGCUCAAGAACGAUCUCUGCAUCACGGGAACGCUCAAAUCGGUUGACCAAUUCCUGAACAUCCGCCUUGAUGGCAUCCAGGUCAAGGACCCACAGCACUUCCCGCACAUGAUGGCGGUGAAGAACCUGUUUAUCCGUGGUUCAGUGGUGCGCUACGUGCGUCUGCCCGCAGGAGGGGUUGACACCACGCUGUUGGAGGACUCGACACGUCGGGAGGCCAAGAACGCGUCAAAGUAGAUGGGUGUGGUUAAGGCGCACGUGAUGGCUUGACCGUGGCGCGCCAUGUCCGCAUGUGGCUGAGUUGUCGCAAGGCUGCUUGUGCCUGGCGACUGGGGAGAAGAUCGAUCAGCAACCGUGAUAGACUCUAUAGCACGAGCAAGAUG